AUGUCCACCUCCAACAACUCUGUUCCUCUCCCCGAGAUGGCCUCCAUCCCACAAAAGCCAACCAUGCCCGGGACCUUUCCCGCUGACAUUAAUCUCGAAUCCCCCAAGGAGGACGCAACCGCCACCAUGACGCAGGAUAUGGACAAGGUUGCCAUCUCCGUCACUUCUCCCGAAAACAAGCUUUCCAAGAAAUGGACAACCACUACCCUGGCGAUCGAUCCCAAGCCAAAGCCAGAGUACCGUGGUCCCGUGGGCACUCAGACCCGUCCUUUUGACUCCUAUGUUGAACACACCUUUCUCAAAAAGCCCAUGGUGUCCAUGAUAUGUGUGGAAUGGUGUGACCAUUACCACCCAGAGUCGAAGGAGCUCUGUCUGCAGAAGCUGGUGCAGUUGUUUCAGCGCCUGCGCAACCGCAAUCCUACCUGGAAGCCCAUUUAUGGGUAUACUCGUCCUUAUGAUGGGUCACUACAGCUGUAUAGUGAUUGCGAGCCGGUGCAGGGGGAUGAGCUUGCAGAUGGGAUGAUUCGUGUCUUGCAGUACCAGUACCAUGGGCAGAAGUCUUUCAAGGAUUAUGAGACGGGGGAUUCGUGUUUAGUAGGUCAAUGGCAGAGUGUUAUCCCGAGCAAUAAACUUGCUCAGGAGGAUCUCGAUAUUAUCAAUUAUGAUGAUGGGAAACUUCAGCCUCUAACGGAGGAUGAUGAGGAGAAGAGGGUUGAGAAGAAGAAUGAGGAGGAGGAGAAGGAGGAGUGA